AUGGCUUACGAUGGAUAUCAGAAUAACCCGGCCCCUUCCUAUCAACCGGGCAAUGCGAAUCAAAUGAAUCUAAACGAGCCCCGCGCUUCGUCUUACACGCCGCCUUAUCCAUCUCAGUAUGGCCAUGAGCACCACAAUAUGCCGCAACCUCAAGUUCCUCCUCCACCCCCAGCAAAUCCAUACGCGGAUGUUCAACCUCCCCCAACGCAGCCGCAUACCUGGCAACAGCCCUACAAUGGGAGGAUCAACGAGGCUGUUAACUCCGCAUUUCACAAAGCUGACACAUCUACCUAUCUAUCCCCGGAGGUUUUGACCCAGAUAACGGCGAAUGUCAUCCAACAGCUCAAAGAGACAGGCUUGGAGAACCUACAAACCGACCAAUACCAGGCCCCGCAGCCCCCGCCUCGGCCGCCCAAACAAUGGGCAACUGAGGCACAUCCUACCUACCCCAAUGACUUCGCCUCUUCUCCGGUCAUGGCGACACAAGAUACUUCAGUCUCGUCGCCCCACGUCGCCUAUGAUAAUCCCGCUUAUCAACCACGACCACCGUCCACGGGAUACUCCGGCAGCCCCCAUCUCCAACCCAGAGCAUCCCCGGCGCUGCCAUCAGAGAGACGAGGAUCUCCAGCUAGUCAGAUGAGUGAACAUAGCCAGAGAAUGGAAUCCCGACCAAAACCGCCGUCGAGAGAGGCCACCGUCACGGAGUUGACGACGCUAGAAAGAAUAUGGGGGACACUUUUUGAGGAUGGAAAGCCAACUAAGAAGCUGACUCAGGUCUUGCGUGGGAUUGCUGUUCACUUGAUCGAAGACUAUGAACCCAAAAACAGUCUAGUCAUACUUCCCGCAAAGCUACAAAGGUUUUAUGAAGACACCAGAGUACCAGGGGACUAUUAUCCUUGGAAAUAUAUCUUCGAUGAUGAGACGUCACAUGUUUCGAGAUUGUUCCGAGAGGUCAAAGCCGAACACCAUCUCGUGCAGGAAGAGAAUCAGUUCCAUGAUAGACCAUAUAUCCCUGGCCUCACGCCGCGAGGCUUUGAGACAUGGGCUACCUUGAUGAUACAAGUCAACCCCGAGACGGAAUAUAAGCGACUGCAGAAAGCCGUGCUGAACAUGCCUAUUAGCAAUCCAGACAACAGAAAGGAGAGGUUUCCUAAGGAGAUCCCACAAUCGUUGUUCCCUUUCGAAAAAAUACUAAAGUCUGAGGUGCAAGAACAUAUCAAGGAGUGUAUACAGGAGCAUUGCAGAGUUGACUUGGAUAAGGAGUUUGAGAAAUUCAAAGCGCAUCACGAAGGCUCUGCCACAUCCACUGCCGCUCCAGGCCCUUCACACAGUGAGCGAGAACGAAAGCCAUACCAGGCGUCUGUUUCCACGGCGGUAGACAGUGACGAGGAAGAACUCGACAUUCCUUCGCGUCCCAUAGAACGACAGAGGAAACCAUACUCCGUACAUCCAGGAGGUGGAAAGGAGUAUAGUGACUUUCAAGAACCUACCCAUCGACAUACAUCCUCGUUCUCCGCAGGCUCCGUUUCAAGGGAUACUUUAGCUUCCUCGGAGCCCAGAGCUUCAGAGUCUCAGGGCCUUGACCCUACCUACGUUCGACCAAGCACUACUCAGCCUCCUCUAACCACCAUGAGGCGGUCAGGGAGCCCGCCACGAGGAUCCCGGAUAGGUAGUGAAUACAGACACUCUGAGGGUGAUUUGCUGGGAUACAAUGGUAACUCUGGAUACGAAGUCGACGAUAAUCACUAUUACCGUUCUGGCGCCUCCACCAGCUCAGGAGACGUACGUGAAGACAAUCGAUUCUACCGAGACUCUAGUCGCGAUGAAGACCAACGACUGUACGAGUCUCUCCGAGAGCGUGAACGGGAACGCGAGAAGAACAAAUAUAACGACUACCUUCCCCAUCGAAGCAGCUGGGAUGGAGAAGAAGGCUACUAUCGCGACGCACUCGGUAGCCAAGGAGGCCCAGUUGGCAGCGGUAGUGGAUAUGACUACAAGACGUAUACUUAUAAGUGA